ACGUCACUGGAAGGAGGUGCCGGAGUAGGAAGUGGACCGGGGGAAGGCUAUAAAUUGCCCCCGCCCUCGGCUCCGCUCCAUCGGGGUCCGCGGGAGGCUCGGAGAGGGCCAGGCGGACACUGCUGCGACUCCUCCCCGGCGGCGGCGGCGGCGGCGGCGGCUCGGAGCGGGCUCCGGGCGGCGAGCAUUACCCCGGCAAGCGCUGCCUCCUAUCUGGAGCCUCGGAGAGAGGGGCUCUCGGGGUGCAGGGCAGGAGCGCAAGAGGAUGGCGGGGACCGGGCGAGCAGGCCGCGUCGCGCUCACCAUGGUCAGCUGCUGGGACACCGGCGUCCUGCUGUGCGCGCUGCUGGGCAGCCUGCUUCUCCCAGGACCUAGUUCAGGUUCUAAAUUAGAAGCUCCUGAACUGAAUUUAAAAGGCACCCAGUACGUCUUGCAAGCAGGCCAGACACUACAUCUCACAUGCAGGGGUGAAGUGCCCCAUUCGUGGUCUUUUCCGAAAACUGUGAGUGAGAAACACACACAGCUGAGCAUAACUAAUUCUACCUGUGGAACGGCCGGCGAACAAUUCUGCAGUACUUUGACCUUGACUUCAGCUCAGGCAAGCCAGAGCGGCUUCUACGGCUGCAAAUAUGUGCCUAACUCUACUUCAGACGAGAAGGAAAGAGAAACUACGAUCUAUAUAUUUAUUAGUGAUAGAGAGAGACCUUUCGUAGAGAUGCACAGUGAUGUACCGGAAGUAAUACGUAUGGAGGAAGGGGAGGAGCUCAUCAUUCCUUGCCGGGUCUCAGCCCCUGACAUCAGUGUUACUCUUACAAAGUUUCUAGAUACAACGCUGGUCCCUGAUGGAAAAAGAAUAAUUUGGGACAGUAGGAAGGGUUUCAUAAUAUCAAAUGCAACAUACAGAGAAAUAGGGCUUCUGACCUGUGAAACAACAAUCAACAAUCAUCAUUAUUCUACAAGCUAUCUCACAUUUCGGCAAAGCCAUACAAUCAUACAUGUUGAAAUAACCCCAGCAAACCAAGUGAAACUACUCAGCGGUCAGACUCUUACUCUCAACUGUAAGGCUACGACUGCCUUGAACGUGAGAGUUGAGAUGACCUGGAAUUACCCUGGUAAAGCAACUGGAAGAGCUUCUAUAAGGCAACGCAUUGACAAAAGCGAUCCCGAUGUCAACGUGUUCUACAGUAUUCUUACUAUUGACAAAGUUGAGGAAAAUGACAGGGGACUUUAUACUUGUGAGGUGAAGAGUGGACCGUCAUUCAAAUCUGCCAACACCUCCGUGAGUGUGUAUGACAAGGCAUUCAUCACUGUGAAACAUCGGAAAAGGCACGUGUACGAGACCACAGCCGGCAAACCGUCCUACCAGCUGUCCAUGAGAGUGAAGGCCUUCCCUCGGCCAGAAGUUACAUGGCUGAAAGAUGGGCUACCUACAGCAAAGAAAUCCAGUCGCUAUUCGGCUCGUGGCUAUUCAUUAAUUAUCAAAGACGUAACUGCAGAAGAUGCAGGGAAUUACACGAUCCUGCUGAGAAUAAAGCAGUCAAAUGUGGUUAAGAACCUCACCACCACUCUCACUGUAAAUGUGAAACCCGAGAUUUACGAAAAAGCUGUGUCACCGUUUCCAGAACCUACUGUCUACCCACUGGGCAGCAGGCAGAUCCUGACCUGCACCGUCUAUGGAAUCCCCCAACCCACAGUGCAGUGGUCCUGGCGUCCUUGCACCUACUCCAGAGCAAGGUCUGACUUUUGUUCCAGUAAUAAAGAGUCCUUUAUCCUGGAUCCUAAUAGCAACGUAGGCAACAAAAUUGAGAGCAUCACUCAGCGCAUGGCAACAGCAGAAGGAAAGAAUAAGGUGGCAAGCACCUUGGUUGUGGCUGAUGCUAGAAUUUCUGGAAUCUACAGCUGCGUGGCUUCCAAUAAAAUAGGAACCGUGAGAAGAAACAUAACUUUUUAUGUUACAGAUGUUCCAAAUGGAUUUCAUGUUAACUUGGAGAAAAUGCCUGCAGAAGGAGAGGACCUGAAACUGUCUUGCACAGCUAACAAAUUCUUAUACAAAGACCUUACUUGGGUUUUGCUGAGGACAGUUAAUAACAGAACAAUGCGUCACAGUAUCAGCAAGCAAAAAAAGGCCGUCACCGGCGAGCACUCCACCACUCUGAAGCUCAUCAUCAAGAACGUAUCUCUGGAAGAUUCGGGCACCUAUGCCUGCAGAGCCAGGAACGUAUACACCGGGGAAGAAAUCCUUCAGAAGACAGAAGUUACAAUCAGAGGUCAGGAAGCGCCACACCUCCUGCAGAACCUCAGCGACCACACGGUGGCCGUCAGCAGCUCCACCACUCUAGACUGUCACGCUGGUGGUGUCCCGGAACCUCAGAUCACUUGGUUUAAAAACCACCACAAAAUACAGCAAGAACCUGGAAUUAUUUUGGGACCAGGAAACAGCACGCUGUUUAUUGAAAGAGUCACAGAAGAGGAUGAAGGUGUCUAUCAGUGCAGGGCUACCAACCAGAAGGGGGCCGUGGAAAGUUCAGCGUACCUCACCGUGCAAGGAACCUCAGACAAGUCUAAUCUGGAGCUGAUCACUCUGACGUGCACCUGUGUGGCUGCAACCCUCUUCUGGCUCCUGUUAACCCUCUUUAUCCGAAAACUGAAAAGGUCUUCUUCAGAAAUUAAGACCGACUACCUAUCAAUUAUCAUGGACCCUGAUGAAGUUCCCCUGGACGAGCAGUGCGAGCGGCUCCCCUAUGACGCCAGCAAAUGGGAGUUUGCCCGGGAGAGACUCAAACUGGGCAAGUCACUGGGAAGAGGGGCAUUUGGGAAAGUGGUUCAAGCGUCUGCAUUUGGCAUCAAGAAGUCCCCCACUUGCCGGACUGUGGCUGUGAAAAUGCUGAAAGAGGGAGCCACAGCCAAUGAGUACAAAGCCCUGAUGACUGAGCUCAAGAUCUUGACCCACAUUGGACACCAUCUGAACGUUGUGAAUCUGCUGGGAGCCUGCACCAAGCAAGGAGGGCCUCUGAUGGUGAUUGUCGAAUACUGCAAAUAUGGGAAUCUAUCCAACUACCUGAAGAGCAAACGUGACUUAUUCUUUCUCAACAAGGAUGCGGCAUUACACACGGAGCCUAAGAAAGAAAAUCCCGAGCCGGGCCUGGAACAGGACAAGAAACCCAGGCUAGACAGUGUCACCAGCAGCGAGAGCUUCGCCAGCUCUGGGUUUCAGGAAGAUAAAAGUCUGAGUGAUGUGGAGGAAGAGGAGGAUUCUGAUGAUUUCUACAAGCAGCCCAUCACCAUGGAAGAUCUAAUUUCUUACAGUUUUCAAGUAGCCCGAGGCAUGGAGUUUUUGUCCUCCAGAAAGUGCAUUCACCGAGACCUGGCAGCACGGAACAUCCUUUUAUCCGAGAACAAUGUGGUGAAGAUUUGUGAUUUUGGCCUGGCCCGGGAUAUUUAUAAAAACCCCGAUUAUGUGAGAAAAGGAGAUACCCGCCUCCCGCUGAAGUGGAUGGCCCCGGAAUCCAUCUUUGACAAAAUCUACAGCACCAAGAGCGACGUGUGGUCCUAUGGAGUGUUGCUGUGGGAAAUCUUCUCCCUAGGCGGGUCUCCAUACCCCGGAGUGCAGAUGGACGAGGACUUCUGCAGUCGUCUGAAGGAAGGCAUGAGGAUGAGGGCCCCUGAGUACGCAACCUCUGAAAUCUAUCAGAUCAUGCUGGACUGCUGGCACAAAGACCCAAAGGAAAGACCACGAUUUGCAGAACUUGUGGAAAAACUGGGCGAUUUGCUUCAAGCCAAUGUACAACAGGACGGUAAAGACUACAUCCCGUUGAAUGCUAUACUGACAGGAAAUAGCGGGUUUGCAUACUCAACUCCUGCCUUCUCUGAGGACUUUUUCAAGGAUGGUAUUUCAGCUCCAAAGUUUAAUUCUGGAAGCUCUGAUGAUGUCAGAUAUGUAAAUGCUUUCAAAUUCAUGAGCCUGGAAAGAAUCAAAACUUUUGAAGAACUUUCACCAAAUACCACCUCCAUGUUUGAUGAUUAUCAGUUGGAUGGUAGCACUCUGUUGGCCUCCCCGUUGCUGAAGCGCUUCACCUGGACUGCAAGCAAACCCAAGUCCUCUCUAACGAUUGACUUGUGCGUAACCAGUAAAAGUAAGGAGUCGGGGCUUUCUGAUGCCAUCAGGCCCAGUUUCUGCUUUUCCAGCUGUGGCCACAUCAGAUCUGUGCAUGACAACUUGGAGCUGGGAAAGGAGGACUCGUGCUGCUCUCCGCCCCCCGACUAUAACUCAGUGGUCUUAUACUCCACCCCACCUGCCUAAGGCCCAGCACAAGCCCUGUUCUCAGAAGUACAUGUGUAUUUACACCCCAAGAAAACUAGCUUUUGACAGUAUUAUGCAUAUAUGAGUUUACACCUUUAUCUUUGCAGGGAGCAGAAGCAGCUGCUUUUUGUGACUUAAUUUUAAUACUGCUUUUUUUUUUUUGACUAACAAGAAUGUAACCCCGGAUAAAUAGAGAAAUAGUGACAAGUGAAGAACACUACUGCUCAAUUUCCAUAUUACUCACUGUAGUAGAGACACCAUUGUAAGCCCAGUGACACCUGCUCCAGCCCUCUAGGCCCGAGCACACAGGUCAGGGAAACGCAGACCAGCUGGUCAUGCCCAGCAGCCCUGCAACUCGGGCAACGAAGGUCCCUUCAGCUUGAGGGAUCAUGUGCCUGCCUAAGCAGUGUUUCUGCAGUCCUCCAGCCAGCAUAAGACAUCCAAGGACGAGAGCAAGAAAAGAGAAAAAACCAGAGUCGGCCUGAGAAAGACCGAGAUGCUUCAUGUGGGUCGGGCUGGGGGAGGGCUCUCUGCAGUAGUUUCCCAGCACUGACUACCGGGCUUUCAAGCUCCCAACUGGGAGCAGACAGGGGAGAGGGGAGAGGACAUCUCCUGGAAUCCAGGAGGUAAGGAAAGGACAAACAUAAGCACAUCCUCUAAGUUUCCCUGUGGGCCGCGUUCUGUACUGUUCCUGCACAUGGCAUGCUUUGACUGGCAGCACUGAGGUGGCGCUCCCCUCUCAGCCCACAGGGGUGGCUCCUCCAGCGAGACACAGUGAGAACUUGGCCCAGGCUGGGCUGCCUACGGGGCACGAAGGCCUGACACUCAGCCUGUUGCUGCUAAGAAGCUAAGGAUUGUUGGUUGGUUUGGGCUGUCUUCUAUUGGGCUCAAAGUCACAUUUUUUAAAAUGUCAGAUUCUAUAUUAAGUAUUAAUGUAUAGACAAGACACUUAACUUUUUGUAUUAUCCGUUUUGUACAGUUAGCUAUAAAAGGAAGCCAAGGAGAGUGAAAAUGCAGUCUUGUAGAGGGCUUUUUCCUGUACCAAAAUGAGGAUUGAUGGAACAAAACCCAAUAAGGCAGAGUGCAAAUUCCAUCUGCACAGCCAAACCAGCUUACCCCAAUAAUUGGGACCUAAAGCAGAGGAAGUCAGUCAUAUUUCCUUUUUAUUUAAUGGGGAUUCUGAUGUCUCAUGCUGAUCUGGAGGGAUAUGGAAGAGCAUUAAUCAGUAUCUAUUAAGCACUUUAUGCUCCUUGAUUUUUUUUUUUUUAAAAAAGGUGAUAUGUAACAUGAAAUGUAUUUCUACAAUUGGGGACUCAAGAUACUAGUUAGGAGCCAUCAGAACAGAACAAGAGCCUAUUGUCAUCUGCUUUGCAUCUUGCCUUGGGUCUGAGGAUGAUCAGACUAGGGAGACAGGGUAGAAACAGGGAGACAGGGUAGAAAAGGGUGCCUACACUUCAGCCUCUGUUGGAUGCUAUCUCUCCAAGCUCUGGUCUGUGUAUUUAGGACAUACGGACCUGCUGAAGCUAAUCCAAAGCAACUGGGCAACAGUGAAUCGCUGCUCCUGGGGGAGAAGAGAUCCUCCCUCUUAUGCAUGUCACUUGAUUCUAGAAUAUGAACUCUACUUGCUAGAAGAAUGUAUGCUUCCUUUUCUAUCUGCCACAUUUCUGUUUAAGGUUCUUUGCACGAAGAGAUGGGAGAGUCAGCACAUUGCCCAGUGAGACGGUGGGCCUUACCUGGUGGCUCUCGGGGACUCACCAGCCAGGACAGAGGAGUGAGGCAGGCCUCUCCACCAAGCACUAAACCCAAACAAACUUGCAGAGGGCCAGAAGAGCAAAAGCAAAACUUUGUUCUUUUCCUUUCCAUACGUGAAAGUUCUUGUGACAACUGGCAAUAUUAUAGGGCACAUAACUAGACCUAAGUUAAACAGGAAAUAAAAGAAGGCCCCAAUUAAUUGUCUACUUUUUUUCAAAUCAGGCAGGCUCCAGCAAUCAGUGAUAAAAGGAAAAUCUCAGCUACCCAUAUAAUAACUACAUUGUAAUAAUCUAAUUCUUAUAAAAGACCUUAGUAAAUGCCCUCUUCCAAAGGAGAAAAUAAUCUAUUCAGAUUGUGUUACUCAGCUUAAGACUCAGGCUUACAAACUACUUAAAUCCAUUUGCAAAAAUAAAAAAAUAUAGUUCCAUUGGAGUCUUAACAUAGAAAAAUGGAAGCUUAUAGUAAUGAAUAUAUUUAAUUGCAGAGGCAAUAAAAUAGCACUGAAAAUUGAAACUAGUGAACUGAUGGUAAUCUUAGAACCACUUGCCACUUAUAAGAAAAAUGGUUGGCACUAGCCGAGAGCAGGCACUUCCUUCUGGGGUUUGUGAGAUCAUCUAUAUGUAACUGUGGAUGGACUGGGACUGAAGCAUUACUACAAAUCUUUAUGUACUUAGCCCAAGAAAUGGUGCUCAGACAUUCGUUUUAGCCAAGGGGACAAACGUAUCCAAAUCCUGAAAGAUACUGCUCAUAUCUGGGAGCUAAUGCCCUUUCCUAGCCCAUUAAGAAUGUCAAACAUGAAACAGAUUCUUGCUGGCCCCAUUUAAAUUGAUUAAAGGAGUGCAUCUUUGACUGACAGUGUUAGGAACUAUGUGUAUAUGUGUAUGUGUUUGUGUGUGUUUUGUGCAUAACUAUUUAAGGAAACUGGAAUUUUAAAGUUACUUUUAUAUAAAUUGAGAAUAUAUGCUACAGAUAUAAGUAAGACAUGAUUUGGUCAUAUACUCCUAGUCAGAUUGAAUGUAUUUUAUAUACUAUCUCCAUAUAUUAAAAUUAACUUCCAAAAACA